ACUCCACAACGAGCAGUUUGAUUUUCGCUACGGUUUUUUGCAUUGUUAGAGAGUACACCGUUUGACGCUAUAAUUUUUUUUAUUGUUGUUUGUUAUUGUUAUGCAGUAUUUACUGCUGCCGGUAUUCAUUGACAUUCAAAUUGAUAACCCGCAAAUCAAAAUAGACGCGCGUGUCAAACGCGCUCUCUCACGUUCGUUCGUUCGCUCUCUUUUGCAGUUUCGUUGACACGCUCAAUUCGCUCCGAUUGCAUAAAAAGUAAUGUGAAGUUGUUUCCUGAGUCGGGCAAAAUAAGUUGCAUAAACUGUCAAAUGCGGUGCAACAGGAAGUGCAAAUAAAAACAGAAAUAACUAAAACUGUAACGACUAUAAUUCAAAUCGAAUAACAUUUGCGCAACUGUGAAAAGUGCAAUUAAAAUUAUGACAAAUUAUGGCAUAUUGCAUUAGCAAAAUGUGUUUCAAGGCUGGCUAUUCCACUCACGUUCACACACACACAACUACACGUUAUAAAUAUCAAAAGAACUUUCCCAUGUGGCGAAUUCACGUCUGACCGCAAUCUGCGGCCAUUACAAAUAUCGUCACCCCACGUUGAAAGUGUUAAAAAUAAAUCUAAAAUUCACUCGGCGACAAAUGCUCACAGCAUAAGCAAUAUAAACAUGUCGAACAUGGAAAGAUGACAUUAAAAGUGUCAUGGGAAAAGUCCACAAUUAUUAAGAAAUUGGAGUAAAUCACACGAGCGCACACAUUUGUUUUUAUUGUGCGUGCUCUACAUUCUAAAGAUAUUCUAUUUAUACUUUUAUUGGCACUAAGCGCUAAGUGAGAGAAAGAAAGCCUGCAUUCCAAUGGAAAUUGCUCGACGCAUACUUGCAUCUCUCUGUGCAUCCCUUUCGCACACCCGCGCAGCGGCUUAUCAAAGUGCCAAUAAGGGAAACAUGCCCAGUUGACCUAAGGCGGCGACUACUUGCACAAAAGCCAACAGAAUAUUCUGCGCAAGUGUAGCUGAUGCUGCUGCGACGCCGAUGCCGACAACAACGAAAACUGAACGAACGUGCUCAUCAUAAAGCACCAGAUUACACAAAAAGCAGUAGAGAGAGUGCGCACACACGAGAGAGCAGUCGGUCAAUGGGCAGAGAGAUACAGAGAGCAGCAAGCCCAAAAGAGAGCACACCAUCGUAGGCUGUGACUAAAGCUGCGCGCGUCGUCGGUUAGUUAAGUUUAAGACGAGCAACCGAAGAGAACGACCGCUGGGUGCGUCGGAAUGUAAAACGCGCCUCAAAACAGCAAAAAUAAACUAGAAGCAGCAAAAGCACAAAUCAAAACAAAAACAAACGAUUAAAGAAUAAAUGUAAAAUAAAUAAAUAAAACGACGGUCGGCACACCAUAUCAGAUGUCAGUCGAGAGAUAAAAAUAAGCAAACGGUUGGAAUAUGUGUUUCGUUGUAUAUGCAUAAAAAAAUAUUAAAACAAGCUGUGCGAAUGCGAUUCGAUUGCAAAACCAAACUGACAGCACUUAACGAAAGUGUGUCGUGAUGUCAUGGUAAUUGUAUCGCUUAUCAAAGACUGAAAAUAACGAUAACAAAAGCAAGAACAAAAAGGAAAUACAAAGCCAGCGGAAAACGUCAAUAAAUACUUGCGAAAUCGAAAGUCAAUUGUAAAUAUACUGUGUGAUAACAAAAAGAAGAAGAGGAAGAUAAAUCAUGUUGUCCGAGGAGUAUCAAGUGUAUCUGGAGACAGCCUGGCAAUGGAUGAGCUAUGUUCCUUAUUUAGUAGUCACCUAUGUGCUACUUACGCUGCUGCCCAAAUCCCUGCUGCGCAUGAAACGAUUUGCAGAUGCGGAUUACGAGGCGAAUCGCAAUAAAUAUCAUCGAUGCUAUGGCCCCGAAUUGUGUUGUCAUGUGCAAGGACUUGCCCAGGAGGCGACGCCUGUCAAGCAGAAGCAACGCAAACCCGUGACGCGUGUGUAUCCCAAGCGACAGCAGCCCAAGGAGGUGAAGGAGGAGGUGCCACAAGUGGUGGCGCCACCUGUGAAGCGCAGCAAUGUCACCAAGAUUGCGCGCAUGUUCGAAUCGGGCACAGCGAAGCGACAGGUGAGCCGUGUGCUGCCCAGCACGCUGCCCGAGAUACGAAUGUUCGGUGCCAGCGAGGAGUCCAACGAGUCGACGCCGUGUGCCUCACGCAAGGGCAGCAUUGCCACACAGCUGACGGCGCAGCUGCAACACAUCGAACACGCCAUGCAGCUGUGGCAGGAACUGGAGGAGGAGCAGCAUCAACAGCAGCAGGAAAAGUCAAACAGCAAGCUGAGCGAUUGGGAACCAAUUUCCGUGCCCGUUGCUGUUCCCGCUUUGCGACGCACCCGCGGCACCUCGGCCACGCCCUCGACCGCCUCGCCGCUGUCCAGCUCACCGGAGCCCGCCUCCCCGGUGCUGUUGCGUCAGCCGCCAGCGUUGUGCUUGAAAUCCAGCAUGGAGGACAUCUUUCAGGCCAUCGCACGCAGCGCAGAAGAACCGCUUGAGCUUGUGGAGCAGACGGUUGACAGCGAUAGCUUAGCGCCAGUUACCUGCAUCGAUGACAUACUCUCGGAGCGUCGCUUCUCGCGUCCGUUGUCCGCUUACUCCAUCACGGAUCUGUUGAACGAGGAGCAGGAACAGUCGAUCUAUGUGAACGAGACGACGCUGCAGCCUCCCGCAACGCUGGCAACCAGUUGAGACCUUGCAACGUGUUGCACAGUCAGUCGGUCAAUCAGUCGGAGUCGAGUUGAGUUGAGUUGAGUUAGUCGUGCCAUCGAAAAAGACUUCCUGCCUCGCCACGCCCGCUUUCCCGCUUGUCUCUCUCUAUCUUUAUCACCCAUCUUCCCUCUCUUUCUUUCGUCGUCAUUCGCCUUUGUUUUGGAAUGACUCAGAGAGUCAAUAAAAUGCACUCGCUUUGCGAAUGAAUGAGUGCAGUAAAUGCAUUCGCAUUCACUUGUUAUAAACAUGUUGGCCACGCCCCCUUCCACCCGCCCCUCGACAACUUGUUGUUUUCUUCCCCAUUUGCAUUUGCAAUUUGUUUGUUUAAUUGAUGAAAACUUAAACAAAUGGAAAUCGCAUCGACAAUAAAAUAAAAAUGAAAUUUCUCUAAAAUAUUCUAUUUGAUUUUCGUUGUACUUAUGCUUAAUUAAUAAAUUUUAAAUAUUAAAUGUAUUUAAUGCAAUGCCAAACAAAACACAAGAAAAAUCUCAAGUGAUGUCACGAGAAUUGUAAAUACGCUAGAAAUGAAACUGAUAACUAAAUAAAUAUUAAGUAUACGACACUAUAUAAGAAGAUUUCACUAUGAAUUUCUAGUAUUAUUUAGUUAAACUGUAUGCCACAAUAAAUAUACAUAUAUAUGCAAUACAAAACUAUUAAACAUUAUUAUAUAAAAUAUACUCUAUUCGUUUUAACAAAUGGCUUUUUUGCGAAUUUCUUCUUCACUGCAACAGAAAUUAUAAACAAUUUUGAUUGUGGGUUAAUUAUAGCAACACGUUUCGCAGCUGUGCUAGCAAUUUGUUUCAACAAUUUAUAAAUGCAAUCUUUGCAGCGGGGUAUUAUGCGAUUAAUGAACAAACUCU